AUGGAAAAGUUUUUUAAGUGAGCCGCGGAUCAGGUCACGUGUGCGGAUAGUUGGGGACUUUUGAUCCCCUGAUAAGGGGGAGAUUGGAACAUGAUUUGGAGAUGGAUUAUUGUCUUUUGUUUGUUGCAGUGGUUUUACCUGGAAUGUUCCGAAGCUGCCGCUUGUAAAGGGUGUGUAGUUCAACCAUGCAUCUGUGUAGGAGAAAAAGGACCUCCAGGUCCUAUAGGAAUCACGGGUCUGCAAGGUCCACCAGGAACACCUGGACUUAUGGGACCAGAAGGCCGGCCUGGAGUCAAAGGACUAAGAGGAGACCUAGGUUAUCCUGGAGCUGACGGACCUAGAGGACUACGAGGACAAGAUGGGAUGCCUGGGUUUGAAGGUGCACCUGGUCUUCCGGGUGCUCCAGGAGGAGAUGGACCCAUAGGAGAACCUGGUUACCCAGGAUGCAAUGGAACUGAUGGUAGACCAGGACCUCCAGGAAUACCAGGUAGACAAGGACUUCCUGGUCGCGACGGCAUUCCAGGACGAAUUGGAGAAAAGGGGGAUCCAGGAGAAGGAGGCGUGAACUCUCUAGGAAUUAGAGGAGAUCCAGGAGAACCAGGGCGACCAGGAUAUCCGGGUCCACCAGGCUAUCGUGGAGUACCAGGAGAACGUGGAAUGACGGGAGAACCAGGACUUCCGGGUUACAGAGGCAUACCAGGCGAUGUCGGCCCCAAAGGUCCUGAAGGAGUUGGAAUCCGUGGUCCACGAGGGCAAAAAGGAGAAACAGGAAAUAUUGGGGAAAGGGGGAAACCAGGCGACGACGCUUCCGUGCAGCCACCACCGGAAGAUGUAACUCCAGGACCACCAGGGCCACCUGGAAAUCCAGGUGAUAGAGGUGAGGAAGGGCCACGCGGUGAAGAUGGAAGAGACGGACUGGAAGGUCCUAAAGGAGAAAAAGGACCUGACGGUGAUAAAGGCGAAAGAGGUGACCCAGGACCAAGAGGCAAAAGAGGCAAAACUGGAUUGCAUGGCGAUGCAGGAGAAAAGGGGCAGAAGGGAAAUCCAGGACUGACGGGUGUAGAUGGAAGACCAGGACUUAAAGGCCCGCCCGGGGACAGAGGCUUAACCGGACCAUCUGGCCCACAAGGAAUAGAAGGUCUUCCAGGUGAAAUAAUAGAGUAUGGAAAACCUAUCCCAGGUCCUGCUGGACCUCAGGGUCUAUCAGGAGACAGAGGGCUUCCUGGAAUUCCCGGGAAACAAGGUAUACCAGGGGCCGUUGGUUUUAGAGGACCGUCUGGUUUACCAGGAAAAUCCGGAAUACCAGGAGAACCAGGAGGAUUAGGUGAAAGCUUUAAAGGGGAGCCAGGAGAAGAUGGUAUAACUGGACGUCCUGGUAGGCCUGGAUCUCCCGGAUUUCCUGGAUUGCAAGGAAUACCUGGUGCUAAAGGAGAAGAUGGACUUGUCGUUGUAGGACCACCAGGGCAGUCUGGAAGGCCUGGAAGUGAUGGCAACCCCGGAUUGCCUGGGUCUAGAGGAGAUCCUGGAAGAGUUGGAGACAAGGGUAUAGCUGGAUAUGGUCGCAGAAUCAAGGGACCACCUGGGCCACCAGGAAUACCAGGCGCAACUGGGCUGCCUGGAGAUGUCGGAUUACCUGGAAGAGAGGGUGCUAUAGGGCCCAAAGGAUUCCGAGGAGACGAUUGUGGUUACUGCUCUCCAGGACUUCCAGGUCCUAGAGGUGACAGAGGCGACGAGGGCAGAAGAGGUCAAACUGGACCAGAUGGUUACCAAGGUUACCGUGGCUCACCUGGUAAGGCUGGGCCUCCAGGACUACCUGGUCUUCCUGGCUACAAAGGCGCUCCAGGUCUGAGAGGUGUGGAUGGAGUCGAUGGUUUGCCAGGACAACCUGGCGACGCUGGAGAUUUAAUUUUCCCGGAUGGCAGAAAGGGAGUCAGAGGUCUUCCAGGCGAUGCGGGCUAUCCAGGAGUUCCAGGACUUGAAGGAUUACCCGGUGCUCCAGGAGAGGACGGAUUUCCAGGAUUUCCAGGACGUAAAGGAGAACAGGGAGACGUGGGUGACCCAGGAUAUCCAGGACUCAACGGACCACCAGGACCUAUCGGACCUCCUGGAUUAAAAGGGAUUCCAGGAGAUACUUCGUACUCUUUUAUAGGAAGGAAAGGAGAAAAGGGAUUUGCUGGAAGACCUGGAACACCAGGACGUAAAGGAUCUAGAGGUGUUCCCGGUGAUGCGUUUAACUUAGGCAACUACACUCAAGCAAAAGGAUACAUUGGCCCACCUGGAGAAAGAGGAGAUGAUGGAAUCCCUGGUUUGAGAGGAGCUCCAGGAUUUCCUGGGCGCAAUGGUGAACCGGGUUAUCCAGGUCCGGAUGGAGUGAAGGGAGAACCUGGACAUCCAGGUCCUACUGUUCGAGGAGAGACAGGAUUGAAAGGCUAUUUUGGAAUACGCGGUGACCCAGGGUACAAUGGACUUCCAGGACCAAAGGGAUCACGAGGAUUUGAUGGUCUUCCAGGAUUGCCCGGAAACAAAGGUGAACCUGGAGACGUUGGAUUGGAUGGCUUUGGCGGACCUCCUGGAUUUCCAGGACUGCCAGGUGCUAAGGGCGAAAGAGGAAGUUUUGGGUUUGCAGGAAGAAAAGGAGUUGAAGGGGAAAUAGGUUCACCUGGAGGUCAAGGCAUAAAAGGUUUGCCCGGUCUUCCUGGAGAAUAUGGUUUUCCUGGGCUUAAAGGAGAGCCGGGAGAUGCUGGUCCAGGAACAAUAGGAUCUAAAGGAUUUCGAGGACCAUCUGGACUUCCAGGUUUGCCAGGAGAGAAAGGAAAUCAAGGAGUUGAUGGUUUUCCCGGGAUUCCUGGAGGUAAAGGUCAGAGGGGAGAUGAUGGCUUACCAGGACUUCGUGGGGAAACAGGUGCACCCGGCCUUCCAGGGUCACAAGGAAGACCUGGUAAAGAUGGACAGUAUGGACUACCAGGACCUAAGGGCGAAAUCGGUGACGAAGGAUUUCCUGGACUCAGUGGACUACCGGGAUUACCAGGAAAACGAGGACUUCCAGGUUUGAAAGGACUUGCUGGAGACGUUGGGAAUCGAGGCUUACCCGGAUUACCUGGACUUUCCGGAUUUCCUGGUGAAAGAGGAGAUCCUGGAUAUUCUGGUCUUCCAGGAGAAAAGGGAGAAUCCGCAAUCAGUGGUGAAAAAGGAGAUCAAGGAGAACCAGGAUUACCAGGCCCUAAAGGUUUUUCCGGAUUGGCUGGUCAACCAGGCGUAGCUGGUCCUAAAGGACAACCAGGUAAACCAGGAUUUGUAUUCCCAGGUCCACCUGCGCCACCAGGACCUAAAGGAGCACAAGGAUAUCCUGGUCCUCGAGGUCCACCUGGAGCGAAAGGCAGCUCUGGAACUCCAGGACGACCUGGUUUCCAGGGACUGAAAGGUGAUUCUGGACUUCCCGGACCUCCUGGUGUCGCAGGUCCUAAAGGACUGCCGGGCGUUCCAGGUCCAAAAGGAGAACCUGGUGCAACAGGAUUUAUUGGAUUCAAAGGACUUAAAGGCGAAAGAGGUCCAGAAGGUUUUGUCGGGUUGCCGGGUCCAAAAGGGGACAUAGGAUUUGCUGGUCUUACAGGAAUUGCCGGAUUGCCUGGCUUAAAAGGAACAAGAGGACUGCCAGGAGUGAAAGGUCUCCCUUCCUUGGAAGUAAAUAGAGGUAUCCCUGGGGAGCCGGGUUUUUCGGGACUUCCCGGAUUUCCUGGGCCCAAAGGAGACCGCGGCUUUAACGGUUUACCAGGACUGAAAGGCGAAAGAGGCGAACAAGGUUUCCCAGGAAGGAUCGGACAGCCAGGAUUAUCUGGAAUUAAAGGUUUACCUGGUAGACCCGGUUCUCCGGGGCUUGAAGGCCUUCCUGGUGGUUCAGGUCCAAAGGGUGAAACUGGCGACGAGGGAUUUCCAGGACUGUCCGGAAGAUCAGGACCACCCGGAAAGAAAGGAGAACCAGGAAUACCCGGAAAUGAUGGAUAUCCCGGAAGAAAAGGAGAACGAGGUAGUUCAUUCCCUGGAAGAGCGGGAGAAAAAGGAUUUCGAGGACCCCCAGGACCACCAGGCAUUGGAGGAUUAGAAGGUGCAAAAGGAUUUCAAGGAGAAGUUGGGUUCCCUGGAUUGACUGGACUUCCUGGAGACAGAGGGUUGCCUGGUGUAGCAACUCCAGGACCAAUUGGAGAAGAAGGGCCACCUGGUGUUGAUGGAGCGCCGGGUGUACCAGGAGAGAAAGGUGACAGCGGAUAUCCAGGACGACCUGGAUUCCCUGGGGCAAAAGGAGAAAUCGGAAACAGGGGCUUUCCGGGACUUCCAGGUCCUAUUGGACCUAAAGGGUUCGACGGUUUAACGGGACUUCCCGGUGAUUCAUUUGGACCUCUUGAAGUAGUAAAACUUCCUGGAUUUCCAGGAGAUCCAGGCUUUCCCGGAUUCGCAGGACUUCCUGGACUACCUGGGCCUGUAGGUGAACCAGGAAUACCAGGUUUUCCUGGACCAAAAGGCGAUCCCGGAUAUCCGGGAUUAAACGGUUUUUCUGGACCUCAAGGUUUCAAGGGUGCUCUCGGAGAUAAGGGCCUGAAUGGUUUUGCCGGCUUUCCUGGACUCAAAGGCUCUCCCGGAUCCCCCGGAGAACCUGGAUAUCCAGGAUCCCCUGCUCCAUCGAGAGGAUUUUUCUACACUCGACAUAGUCAAACUGAAGAUAUACCCCGAUGCCCUGGUGGUACUGCCCUUAUGUGGAGUGGAUAUUCCUUGCUCUAUAUCCAAGGAAACGAAAGAGCUCAUGGGCAGGAUUUGGGAAGCCCAGGAAGUUGCCUGAGAAAGUUCAGCACUAUGCCAUUCAUGUUCUGCAAUCUGAACAAUGUGUGCCAUUUGGCAUCUCGCAGUGAUUUCAGCUACUGGCUCAGCACACCAGCGCAAAUGCCAAUGGAUAUGGCACCCAUCACGGGUCGCAACAUUAAGAGGUUUGUCAGCAGGUGUUCCGUAUGUGAAUCUUCUACACAGGUGAUAGCUGUGCAUAGUCAAAGUACAGAAAUACCAGAAUGUCCAGGAGGAUGGGACGACUUAUGGUCUGGAUAUAGCUUCUUUAUGAACACAGAUGCAGGCGCAGAAGGCAGUGGCCAGCCUCUUUCUUCACCUGGUUCUUGUCUGGAAGACUUUAGACCAAACCCCUUCAUAGAAUGUCAAGGUUUAGGUCGAUGUAAUUAUUACACCACCGCAUACAGCUUCUGGUUGGCAGUGAUUCAUCACGAAAAACAGUUCCUCAUUCCAGAGCCUCAGACGCUAAAAGCUGGAGACUUGAAAUCAAAGGUUUCGAGAUGCAAAGUCUGCAGACGUAUUCCUCCAUAUGGCUCUUAGAACUCCACAGAGCUUAUAGGAAGGAACAAAGUGACAUGGAAGCGUGCAAUCCCAAAGAACAUGUGAUUUUUUAAAUGCCAAUGUUGACAGCUUAUCAUGAGGAUUAGCAACCAUUUUCAGAGGUUACAAGCCAGUAACGUCAAAGACAAGGCCUGCGCUAUGAUUACAUGUGCAGAUUUACCCAGCGCUAUGAUGAUGGAACAAGCUCAAGUUCUGAAGCGGUUUUGAAAACAUUUCAGAUACAAUUAGAUUACAAGAACACUGCAUGCAAAUGACUCAUUUUGACCUUUAAAGCGCUACAGGUCGAACUAUGUGUUUUGUAGCAAAAAAAAAAAAUAUUUUGGAUAUUCCUCCAG